CUGCUCCCGCUCCGGGCGCCGCGGCUUCUCUCCGAACUGCAGGGUCUCGGGCCGUGUUCCCAGCGCCGAGGCUCGCCGAUUCCCGCCUCACGCCGCCCGCGCUUGCCCGCGCGCUCCCACCCACGCCGCCCUUGACCGAACGCGCCCCCACUCGUUCCCGCGCGCAUACCCUCGCCCGCGCGCCCCCCACGCGCCCCUACUCGCGCUCCGGGAGCGCUCGCCCUGCAAAGGCGCGGGCACCGAGGGCGAGAGCGCCGAGGGGACCCACGGCCUCCCCAUGGCUGACCUGAGCUUCAUCGAAGAUUCCGUCGCCUUCCCGGAGAAGGAGGAGGAUGAGGAGGAGGAGGAAGAGGAGGGUGUGGAGUGGGGCUACGAGGAAGGUGUUGAGUGGGGGUUGGUGUUUCCUGAUGCUAAUGGGGAGUAUCAGUCUCCCAUUAACUUGAACUCAAGAGAAGCUAGAUACGACCCUUCCCUGCUGGAUGUCCGCCUCUCCCCAAAUUAUGUAGUCUGCCGAGACUGUGAGGUCACCAACGAUGGACAUACCAUUCAGGUUAUCCUGAAGUCAAAAUCAGUUCUUUCAGGAGGUCCACUGCCUCAAGGACAUGAAUUUGAACUGUACGAAGUUAGAUUUCAUUGGGGAAGAGAAAACCAGCGUGGUUCUGAGCACACAGUAAAUUUCAAAGCUUUCCCCAUGGAGCUCCACCUGAUCCACUGGAACUCCACCUUGUUUGGCAGUAUUGAUGAGGCUGUGGGGAAGCCCCAUGGAAUCGCCAUCAUUGCUUUGUUCGUUCAGAUAGGAAAAGAACACGUAGGCCUGAAGGCUGUGACUGAAAUCCUCCAAGAUAUUCAAUAUAAGGGGAAGUCCAAAACAAUACCCUGCUUUAAUCCUAACACUUUAUUACCAGAUCCUCUGCUGCGGGAUUACUGGGUUUAUGAAGGCUCCCUCACUAUCCCGCCUUGCAGUGAAGGUGUGACCUGGAUAUUAUUCCGAUACCCUUUGACGAUAUCCCAGCUACAGAUUGAAGAAUUUCGAAGGCUGAGAACACACGUGAAGGGGGCAGAGCUUGUGGAAGGCUGUGAUGGGAUUUUGGGAGACAACUUUAGACCCACUCAGCCACUCAGCGACAGAGUCAUUAGAGCUGCAUUUCAAUAGCCAACGACAGUGGACCCGGUGUGUCUCCAUCCGGGAGGAAGACAAUGGUCCUCUAGUGCCCUUGGAUGAGAAACAGAGACUUUGACCUGCAGCUUCAGUUUAUCCUCAAAGCCUGCAUUGUUUGUCUUCAUCUAAUCCAACUUUGAUGGACAUCUGUGACAGCUGCCUGUACACAUGCUCUAAUGAAAUAUUAGAAAUGGCUGUACCUUCAAAAGAAACCCCGUAUUAUAUAUCCACAUCACCACUGCUAGUCUUCAUAUUUUUGCACAUACUGUUUAUUGCUUAUGUGUAGAAGAAAUGAAACUAGUUUUCGGAGUUAUUAUUAAUAUGAAUAUAUAUCAUGUAUUAAUACUGAGACAGGAAAAAUACAUUGCCAGCCUUAGCACUCCUUCAUUUCCUGUCUCCAACAGAAAAUUCACUCAUUCGGAGAAUAAUGCAAUUCUUGAUAAUAAAAUGCAAGUUCUGAUCAAGAACAGCAUACAGCUUCAAAAUGGAAUGUGAAGGAUUAGUGAAAAUCCUCUCCCAUGUUACUUUUCAGCCCUCACCAUGAUUAAUGUCCGGGUGAUUUGUUAUGAUUUGUGAGUUAAUGCGCAAACCUAAUAAUCACUGUAUAUAUUAAUUUCUUAGCUAAAGGUUUUAAUUGAAUCUAGGAUUCUAAUCAUAUUUAUUUGACGUAUUAGAAGCCAUGGUUUCUAGGACUUUGAGAAAGGUAUAAUAAAUAUAUAGAGUAAAAAAGUGGACACUUUAUUUUUAUUUUAUAGCUUUAUUUUCCAUGGUAGAAGCAUAUAUUUAAUAGUACUCCAUAAUAAUUUAGUGUUGUACAUUUUGUAAGACUUUAAAGUAUUUUAUUCUAUAGGUUUCACUUCAAUGUAUUGAAUGUUUCUUUCUAAGGUGACUAACAAUAUCCUUAUUUUAAUUUUAAGUGCUGCUGGCAAAUUAAGCAUAUGCUUAGAUGCAGUUAGAUGUGACCAAAUGAGAUAAUUUACAUAAAGCAGUAGAGUGCCUGGCAGAAAACAAGUACUUAAUAAAGAUUAUUUGUGGUUAUAAUUAUUGGCAUAAAACUAA